AUGACGUUUAACAUUGAUAGGUUUAUAAGAACCCUAGCUUGGUUCCUUGUGGUGCACUUCAUCACAUUCUCCUACGCUGGGAGGUCACAUUUUGUCACAACGGAGCUAAACGUACGUAAUGAAAUGCAAGGCUUGAAACGUCCAGAGAUCGUUUACUUCUGUCAAGCUUUAAACAGUGGCCUUGAAUACGGAUGGAGACGAGCCAAGAAGCCACCAUUGGGCCAUACCCUCCAUGUACUCUUGGAAGGUGGCCAGAAGCUAGAGGAGGAGAUUCACCGCUGCCAUUUCAGGUCCGUGCGCGGUACAGCGGACGUAGAUAUUCGUAUGACCGCGAUAGAUGCCGAGAUGUGUAAUGAUAAAAAGGCAUGUGCAGUUCAUGAGGUUACACCUGAAGGGAUAAUUUUUGAUGGUAAGGAAUGGGAUUUUGAGGAGAGGUAUCCACGGCUGAUACCGAGGAGAUACCUUGAAGCUAAGUGGAAACCUUGGCCACGACGCAGCGACCGUGUGGCCCAGGGAAGCCAACGUAGGCGCGGGGGUUCACAUUGA